AUGGAGCGUCUCAGGGAUUCGACAGCUCCCAAGCCUCUUGUCGCGCCCGGUUCGUUUCUCUUUCAUCCUCCAAGACCGGCGCAGUUACGCCCACGCAUAAUGGAUAAGGCUCAGCAACCCAGUUCUUUCCAGCAGCUAGAAAAGGUGUUCAAGGGACGCAAUCGCCAGACGGGCGAGAUGGUCGCCCUGAAGGAGAUUCACCUAGACUCCGAAGAAGGUACCCCGUCCACCGCCAUCCGGGAGAUCUCGUUGAUGAAGGAGUUGAAGCAUGAGAGUAUCGUGUCUCUCUACGAUGUGAUCCACACGGAAAACAAGCUCAUGCUGGUGUUCGAGUUCAUGGACCGGGAUUUGAAGAGAUAUAUGGACACUCGCGGCGAUCGCGGCCAGCUCGACCCGGCCACCAUCAAGUCGUUCAUGCACCAGCUGCUCAAGGGCAUCGCCUUCUGCCACGAUAACCGGGUCUUGCACCGAGACCUGAAGCCGCAGAACCUGCUGAUCAACAAGAAGGGCCAGUUGAAGCUCGGUGACUUUGGAUUGGCUCGGGCCUUCGGCAUCCCGGUCAACACCUUCUCCAAUGAGGUCGUCACGCUGUGGUACCGCGCUCCCGACGUCUUGCUCGGCAGUCGCACCUACAACACCAGCAUUGAUAUCUGGUCAGCCGGCUGCAUCAUGGCGGAGAUGUAUACGGGCCGUCCGCUCUUCCCCGGCACCACCAAUGAAGAUCAGCUCCUGAAGAUCUUCCGCUUGAUGGGGACACCCUCCGAGCGCUCCUGGCCAGGUAUCUCGCAACUGCCGGAGUACAAGCCUACCUUCCACGUCUAUGCGACGCAAGACUUGGGUGUUUUGCUACCCCAGAUUGACCCAUUGGGCUUGGAUCUCUUGAAUCGGAUGCUCCAACUGCGCCCCGAGAUGCGCAUCAGCGCCAACGAUGCUCUGCAACAUCCGUGGUUCCACGAUCUCGCCCAAGUCCAGGCCCAACUACAGCAGCAGCAACAACAGCAAAUGGCUGGCGCCUAUGGGGGCAUGGUCCCCCCUCAGCCGGCGUAUUGA